UAGUAAAAAAAAAAAAUCAUUCAAAGAUUCUCUCUCCACAAAAGAAACUCUCACUGCAAAAACAAGGCUAACUAUUCUUAAUACCUUUUCUAUAUUUGGCGCAUACUUUGACUCAACCCCAACUUCCCCCCCAUCAUUAUCACCAAACAAACAAACUAACACACCUUCUGUCUUUCCCAGACACACUCACUUCUGGUUCACCAAAACAACCUCACCAAUAACUCUUCCUUUUCUUCAACCUCUUUCUCUCUCCUCUCCUCUCCUCCCCUCCAUUUUACCCCCUCCCUCUCCCUCCAUGAAUUCAGUUGUCACCCACAAAUGACCAAAAUGACCUCAUUUCUCUCUCAUCUCUUCUUCCCAUUCAUCAUUCUCUCUCUUCAGUUCAACCAACUUGUUUCCCUUAACUCAGAUGGAACCUUCCUUCUUUCCCUCAAAUACUCCAUUCUUAAUGACCCUUUAUCUGUACUAACUUCAUGGGAUUACCUUGACCAAACUCCUUGCUUAUGGAACGGUGUCGUUUGCAGCCCCGAUCAACGUGUCAUCACCUUAGCGCUUCCUGGUAAUCAGUUGCUGGGUUCUAUACCUUCUGAUCUUGGCCUCAUUGAACACCUCCAACACCUCGAUUUAUCCAAUAAUUUCUUCAAUGGUACCUUACCCGGUACGCUUUUCAAUGCUUCUGAGCUUCAAGUGCUUUCUCUUUCCUCUAAUGUUAUUUAUGGGGAUAUUCCGGUCAUUUCCCACUCUUCCUUGAGCUUUCUUAACCUCUCUGAUAACGCCUUUGGUGGGCCCCUUCCCGUGAAUUUCACCUCUGGGUUUAGUAACUUGACGGUUUUGUCUCUCAAAGGGAAUUACUUUUCCGGGAGUGUCCCCUCUGGUUUCCCCCCUUCCCUUGAGAUUCUCGACCUUUCUUCCAACCUCUUUAAUGGCUCCCUGCCGUCUGAUCUCGGCGUGGGGCCCACUCUGCGGUACUUGAAUCUCUCCUACAAUAAAAUUUCCGGCGAAAUUCCGGCGGAUUUUGGCGAAGGUAUGCCGGAAAACGCAACCAUUGACGUUUCUUACAAUAACUUAACGGGUCAAGUCCCCAGGUCGAAACCUUUCUUGGGUCAAAACCCGGAGUUCUUCUCCGGGAAUCAGGAGUUAUGCGGGAAGCCGUUGAAGAAUUUGUGUGUGAUUCCUUCAACACUUUCCACCCCACCAAAUGUCUCUGUUACAAUCUCCCCUGCCAUUGCUGUCAUCCCCAAACCUAUCAACUCAGACUCAGACUCAACUACCUCCUCGGGUGGUCACAACAACGGUCUAAAACCCGCCGCCAUUGUUGGAAUUACAGUAGCUGACUUAGCUGGAGUUGGUAUUUUAGGGGUUGUGUUCUUUUACUUAUACCAACUCAGAAACAAGCGGGUUCAACACCAGCAAAGCGUUAAAAAAGAUAACAAUGAUAAUAUUAACAGUAGCAAUCUCCCUCCAGGAAAGAAAGCGCCAACAACUACUUUAGGCAAUGAUCAUUUCUUGGUUCAAAUUAACAGUGCAACAACAACUGUGGUUCCUAAUAAGAUGCAUAAAAAGUGUUUCACUUAUUGUAUCAAAGGUGGAGACAGUGAAGAAGGGGCAACAACCGAUACUAGGACUAGUUCCGACAGCGAUAACGAUGAUUCUGAUGAUGAUAAUGAUGAUCAGAAGAAUAGACAGAAUGGGGAUUCUGGUGGCGGAGGAGGUGGUGGUGGAGAAGGGGGAGGAACGUUGGUGAUGGUGGACGGAGAGACGGAACUCGAAGCGGAGACGCUGUUGAAGGCGUCAGCGUAUAUAUUGGGAGCAAGUGGGUCGAGUAUAGUGUACAAGGCUGUGUUACAAGAUGGGUCUGCAUUUGCUGUAAGGAGGCUAGGGGAGAUUGCAGUUAAUAAGUUGAGAGAUUUUGACGGACAUAUUAAGGCAAUUGCUAAGGUUCGGCAUCCGAAUUUGGUUCGUGUUCGUGGCUUUUAUUGGGCUGCUGAUGAGAAGCUUGUCAUCUACGAUUAUGUCUCUAAUGGCAGCCUUGCUACUUCUGCUUACAAGAAGGGUGGUUCUACUUCUACACCAUAUCAUUUACCACUAGAAGCCCGGUUAAGGAUAGCAAGAGGACUAGCUAGGGGACUAAGCUACAUUCAUGACAAGAGAUAUGUACAUGCUAACAUUAAACCAAGUAACAUCCUCUUGACACAAGACAUGGAACCUAUCAUUAGCGAUCUCGGGCUUAGUUGGCUUGUUCAUGGCACCAACAAAGGUAGUUCGUCCCGUCAAUUUGGGAGCACAAGAUCCAUGGGCUCGUACGACGGUAAUCAAGACCUUUCGGUGAGUGGAAGCCCGUAUAUCAACCCGUUUGGGAAUACUAACGGGGUCGGAUCGCCUUACCAUGCCCCUGAGUCGUUGAAGAAUCUCAAGCCCAACCCAAAAUGGGAUGUGUACUCUUUUGGGAUAGUGUUGCUUGAACUUCUAACAGGUAAAGUGUACUUGGACAGAGAAUUGGGCCAAUGGACCCCAAGUUCUGGGCUUGAGGAUAGAUAUUGGGUUUUGAGGAUAGCUGAUGUUGCACUUAGGGCUGAAAUACAGGGCAAAGAAGAAGCUAUGAUGGGUAUUUUUAAGUUAGGGUUUAGUUGUGCAUCUAUGGUGGCCCAAAAGAGACCCUCUAUGAAAGAAGCUCUCCAAGUCCUUGAGAAGGUCUCAUUGUCUUUUGUUUAAUUCCCUACCCUUUUUUUAAUUUUUUAAAACUAUACUUCUAUGUAUGUAGUAGUACAAGAAUGUCCAUCUUUUUGACCUUUGUCUUUUCACAUACAAGUGAAAAUGGAGUGUGUGAAUAGUUGAUGCACCAACGCGUCAUAAGAAUUUUAGUUAAAUUAUGGUAUUUUUCUUUGUAGGAUUGACUGCUUGUAAUAACUUUCCGAUGAUAUUAUGAUAAAGUAUUAAGUAA